AUGGCCACACGAAGAGCAGUCGUCGCUUGCGCUCGCUGGAGAAGCGCUCUCUCGGUAUNNGUCUUUGCGCGCGGCCUGGCCACCGAGUCGACACCUGCAUCCACCAUUGCGCAGUCAUACAGCGAUGCUGCCCUCUCAUCCACCGCCACCGCACCCAUCCUGAAAGACCAAUUCACGCCGCCGCCUCCCACACCUGCGACCGCUGCUCAACAACCCUUCCAACAACCAACAAACCCCUUCCUGUCGACGGCCACGUGCACCGUCCACGACUUUCCCAACAUCGAACCCAAGCACUUUGUCACAUACCCCAGCACACAUCUGCUGCUGCCGCUACGUCGCGACAUCCUCCACCGCGCCAUCGUCUUCGAGNGAGACGCCACACGCCAGGGCACUGCAAACACAAAAUACCGCUCCGAGGUCCACGGCUCCAACCGCAAGGUCCGCCCGCAAAAGGGAACCGGUCGCGCCCGUCUCGGUGACAAGAAGUCGCCAAUGCUGAGGGGCGGUGGUGUCGCUUUCGGUCCCAAGCCCAGAGACUUUAGCACCGACCUGCCCGCCAAAAUCUACGAUCUGGCCUGGAGGACUGCCUUGAGUUAUCGCUACAAGAAGGGCGAGUUGGUGGUUCUGGGUGCGCCUGCCGAGAUUGACGUCGAAGGAGCUGGUGCGGCGAGAUGGUUGAAGGACAUGUUGCGUUGGAACAAAUGGGGCAACCCGAGCGGUGGCAGUCUGUUUGUCACGCUCGAGAAGAGAGAGAAGCUGUUUGCUGCUCUGCAACAGCCCGGCAUGGACAAGGAGGCUCGCGCAUUGAGUCUGGACAAAGUCGACGUCAAGGACUUGCUCGAGGGCGGUCGCGUCGUGAUUGAGAAGAAGGCCCUUGACAAGAUCUUCCUGCAGCACUCUAGCGACUUGUCGUCACGGGUCAAGCUUGUUGUUUGA